AUGCCACGAGCUUUAAAGAACGAACAAAUCCGCUACCUCAAAACAGCUUGCCUGUCCUGCACAGGGCAAGUCCACAAGGGAGUGGUAUGUGAUAGCCAGUUUCCCAGCUGCGGAAAUUGUAUAUCCAAGGGAAGUAGUAAGCACCGAACUCCAAGACCGUACAAAUCGGUGGCUGAUUCAACAGCAUGUACGUAUGGUACCACAAAUAAACUGUACACAGCACGUAAAAAAGAGGUUGCAGCACUCGAUGCUCAACAAGAACAGGAACGAGAAGCACAGCGCGGUACUGAAGCGAGAUUUGCAUCUGAAUUCGACAACUCGGCUUUGGCAUCGACCAGCAGAUCAUGCAUGGGUCCCAAUAACACAGCAUCAUCAGCAUAUGGAUCAGCAACAAGCCCGUCAGCUUUCGGAGUAUCGGUGGGAUCCACGCAGCCUACAACACAACCGCCUUCAAUGAGUCCCGCUGGGUGUUCCUCUGCGCCAUGGCCAUCUUCGCCACGGGAGAAUAUUGGCAGUUUCACAAAUCAACCACCCAGAACAUCGUCUUCGUCUCUUUCGGACUUCCAGGAUGGCGAAGAGAAUCCGUUCUCAGUGGAGGAGUGGAACGAGAUGACCAUAUUUCAUGACCGAGAACGAACAACAUCAUUGAAGCGGGUGGCUUCUCAUGCUCCAGAAGAAGAGGAAACGCUGUCAGCAGUGCAGCAGACGAGGCCCAGAGGAAAGCGUCCAAGGAUGAUUACCUCCAGUGAAUUCUCGGGUUUGGAUCCUAAAAGCCACGCCUCUACCAGUGCCAAAACGGACACAAUCAUCGGGCCCACUGUGUCUGAGAUUCUCUACUGA